AUGCCCGACUCGCAGGGUCGAAUGAUUACCACCGUGUCGGUGGUAUUUGCGGUGCUCAGUGUCUUUGUCAUGAUCUUGCGUCUCUUCGCUCGGAUUGUCAUACUUGGAAAGAUGGGGCUGGAUGACAUUCUGAUCUGUAUCGCGGCUCUUUUGGCGUGGGCCUUCGCGGUCGCAACAAUCAUUGCUGUACAUCAUGGACUAGGACAGCACAUGGACGAAGUCAUGAAGAAAGGCACAGCGAAUUUGAACACAUACUCACAGACUGUUUGGCUUUCGUCAAUCUUCUACAACGCGUGCCUGGGCUUCUUGAAGUCUUCCAUCCUCGCCUUCUACCUUCGACUUGGAGAUCCACAACUCAAACGUCUAGCACAAAUUCUUCUAGCAAUUGUCAUCUGCCAGGCUCUCGCCAACGUCUUCACAUGCAUCUUUCAGUGUACACCAGUCGCAGCCGCCUAUACUUCCGAACUACAGAAGACCUCCAAAUGCGUCAACAUCUCGGCCUUCUAUCUGACGAACGCAGCCUUGACGAUCUUGACCGAUUUGUUGACUUAUAUCCUGCCCUUCCAUCUGGUACGCAAGCUGCAAAUCCCUCGACGACAAAAGAUUGGGCUCGGUGUCAUGCUAGGAUUAGGCUUGUUCACAUGCAUGUCGUCUAUCAUCAGGAUUACGUAUAUCCCGAAUAUGCUCUUCUCCAAGGACCAAACCUGGACCAUAUCAGGACCCAUGUACUGGAGCGUAAUCGAGACCAAUGUCGGUAUCCUUACCGCAUCUAUGCCUGCCUUCAAAGCUAUCGCCAAGAAAUAUGCGCCAAAGCUGCUGGGCGGCUCCUACGACUCCAACCGAUAUCCUUCAAGAUCUGUGCAUAUCAGAGCAGGCAGCAGUGGCUUUCACAAGAUGGGCGGUACUGGUGGAAGCAAUCAUAUGGCUCUCGACACAAUCGACCGGGAUCUGGGUAUGUCGAAAGGCCGGUUCCAGACCACCAUCAAUCAAGACACAGACAGCGUGUCAAGCAGCGAAGAGGCUCUGCACCCACCAGACAGGAUUGGUGUGACAAGACAGGUCCAUGUCGAAGGAGAGUCGCGAAGUGUUUUCGAGGAGAGGAACUCUCUCAGCUCCCACAAAGACCACAGAGAGCUCUCGUGA